GUUCCGCGAACGAUAUGGAAAACGCGGAAACUUUUGGAUUCGGAUAUCGUAAAUAUAUCAACAUUUACCCAUCCUAUGGUGGUUACCAUGGCGGAUAUGGCGGUUAUGGUGGAUAUGGAGGCUACGGUGGAUAUGGUGGUUAUGGUGGAUAUGGCGGAUAUGGUGGAUAUGGCGGAUAUGGUGGUUAUGGUGGUUAUGGUGGAUAUGCUGGUUAUGGAGGAUAUGGUGGUUACGCGGGAUAUGGUGGCUAUCCAUAUUCCUACAAUUAUCCAUACUACUAAGUAGUUUGUUUAUUCAGUAGUUGUUAAUUGAC